GUUUGUGGUUAACAGUCUUAAGCUUAGUUUAGUUAUCAACGAAUCGUCGAGUGGACGAUUUAUCGGCUCUAAAGUAAAAGCUUUUCGUACUCUUCUAGUAUCGGACAAUAACCUCAUCGUUUUUAACAAACUUCGUUAUUUAUAUUGUUUUGAAAAAUAGUAUCCGUGUAUUGAGUAACAAAAAAAAAAAGUAAGAAACAAAAAAGCGGUUUUCGUGUAAUUUAUCAAAGGCUCAAAAAAAAAACAAAUUAUUUAUAAUUCAUACGCAAAGCUACCUAUAAUGGAUAUAGCGUGGCGUUUUCGCAUAAUGCUGUUCACUGCCUUGGCUUUGAUAUUGUUUGGCGAUCUAUUCGGUUAUGGUAGCGUACGCGGCGUUAAAUCAGAUCCCAGUCGACCGCCAACAGGGUCAAAUAAAUUUCAACAAAAAAAUGCUGAAAUUGAAAUCAACGAAGAUACGGAUUUAAGCGAAUUGUCUGCGACAACAUUACAAGAGAGACGCGAUCUUAUAAAAACACAAUUAACGGAUGCUAUUAAGGAUUCAUGCUUGCCAAAAAUGUUGUGUGAAAUGGCCGCAAAACCGCCUUAUCUGCUGACCGAAAAGGAAAAAGACUUAAUUCAUCUAAUAAGAUCAUCGUCGCUGUCCUUUCCAAUGAAGGGUUCACCUAGCAAAUGGCAUUUCGCAGCUCAUAUGGGAGAAUUAUUACGUCAUACGGGCGACGAAAGCAGCGGACCAAUGGGUUGUGCGAAUUUAUGGCCAAAUUGUCCUAUUAGUUCUAAAAAAUUAAUGCGACUCUCCUAUAAAGUUAAAUUUUAGUAAUGAUAAGCUAAAUAUUUUUAUCCUGUAAGUGUGAUGAUAAGUAAUUUAAACGUGUGAAAACUUUACUUCAUUGACUUUUGUAAAUAAUUUCAACUAAUUAGACUAAUUUUUAAUCAAAUAAACUUAUUCUACUAGUAUCUAAGCCGUGUAUAUCUAACAAUUAUUCAAUUAGUAAAAUUGUCUCAAAGUAGUUUUCCUUUAGAAACUUCGUUCCUUCUUCCUUCAAGAAAUCCUUCUCAAUAUUUAUAUUAAUGAAUUGCAUAUUAUUCACUAUAUAUGCAAUAUUAUAAAUA